AUGGAGGUCUUCAUUCGGGACGUGCCGGGCCAGGUCACUGAGAGUGUGCUGCGAAACCUUUUGCGACCCUACAUGAAUGACCAAGGAAUCAAAACAUACCAUUGCCGGAAGCAACAGCAAAAGAAAUUCGCUUUCCUCAUCUUCCUUCAUGUUCACGAGGGCAACAAAUUCCUCCGCGCCUAUGGCCAAGAAAAGCCCCCAAAGACGGGUCCGGCCAUUCCAGCCAAGAUACAAAUACUAUCAACGCCUAUCUUCUGUGUGAUUAGCAAAAAGACUCCAAAUGUUCACCUGUUGAACAGUCUAGCGAAGGAAGAGAAAGAGCAAAAUGUGAAGAGCAAGACUGUGCAGGAGGUUCCCAAGUUGGAGGUCAAAAAAGAAUUCCGCACUUCGAGAGUUUUUUGUGGGGUCUGGAGCUACGCUGACUCGAACUUGAUCUUCGUGCCUUAUUUCGUUCUUGAAGGCAAUGGUUUGGCGAAGUUUGGGCCUCGGAGUUUGACUUUGAGGGCCGAUUCGGGCAAGAGAAUUGAGUUUCUAUACUCCAACAUCUAUGAUAUUACAACGGAAAACGAACCACACCCAUCGUUCACCCUCGCGUGUCACGGCGCCCCUCAAUUCUUCCAUGGCACCCCUUCCGAUUCGAUGGAUCUUCUGGUCUCCAAUACUGCGAAGUUGAGCUUUGACAGCCGCAAAAGCCAACAGCGUCAGCGAAUGCCAGCCUUAACACAAAAUCAUGGCGUAGUUGCGGGAAGCUGCUUUGUUUAUCGGAUCUUAUUGGCGUAUAAUUCUUCAUGGGCUCCCCACCAAGUGGCGGAAUACAUGCAUUCACUUCAGAAGCUUUCCGGGCUCCCACCGAUGACACACCAGCAAAUCGACAGUAUCCCUCCUCGGGAGUCGUUUGCCACUCUUCAGAAAGAACUCACGGCGAAGUUAGCGGAUGUUAACAGGUUUUCGCACCACUGGAGAUUGAAGUUCCAGAUUCGAAGGCUGGCAACGAAUGGCCAUUUGACUCCCAGACAAAUAUUAUCCAUAAUACCAGAUAUCCUGAAGAUCCUUCAGCGCUCCGGCGUCACUACGUGUAUCGCCGCUAUGCAAAGGUUUCGCACUCAAAUUCCAUGGGCAGGUGCUGAGACGGACGCCAAUGAUCUCGACGUCCCGUCUUUGGUCCAACUGUUAAAGAGUGCCGAGACAUAUGCCUUGAGCAAUGAUGAAUAUCUCAACAGCGAUGGAAGUUUUGGCCACGCUGCAGAGAAUGUGGCGAUGAUACAUCGUGUGCUGGUUACACCAGCAGGCAUUUAUCUCUAUGGACCGGAUGCCGAACCUAUGAACCGUGUGCUGCGAAAAUAUCCUAAACACCACGAGUACUUUCUUCGAGUGUCAUUCGCCGACGAAGAUGGCGAGCCAGUGAGGUACAAUCCGCGAGUAUCGAAUGACCAGAUCUUCAAUGAUAGAUUCAAGUCUGUCCUGAGAGAUGGGAUGAGUAUUGCUGGUCGCAAAUAUGAUUUUCUGGGAUUCUCCCAUUCCUCACUGCGGGCGCAAUCGUGCUGGUUUAUGGCCCCAUUCACAUAUAAGGGUAGUCUGCUAUACGACAGACUGUUGAUUCAGCAGCUUGGGGACUUCACACAGAUUAGGUGUCCUGCCAAGUGUGCAGCUCGGAUUGGCCAAGCGUUUUCCGAGACUCCUGUUGCUGUUACCUUUCCUCCUGGAACAAUUAGGAAGACGCAUGAUGUUGAACGCAAUGGUCGAGUUUUCAGUGAUGGAGUUGGCACCAUGUCAACCUCUGUCAUGCGUAAGAUAUGGAAAGCUCUCCCCUCAAUGCAGGAUCUGAAACCAACCUGUUUCCAGAUCCGAUAUCAGGGUGCGAAAGGAAUGUUAUCACUAGACACCCGUCUGGUCGGCGACUCUGUCCUCUUGCGUCCAUCCAUGAUCAAGUUUGAAGGUUCGACCUCUAUGGAUAUUGAGCUUUGCGGUUCCUCCUCGAGGCCCCUGCCAAUGUAUCUCAAUCGACAAGUCAUCAAAAUUAUGGAAGAUAUGGGUGUGCAGGAUAGCUGGUUCUUGCAACUGCAAUCUCAAGAGGUCGAGCGUCUCCGGAAGAUCACCGCCACCGCAGGAAACGCGGCGAAAUUCCUAAAAUCGCAGUUGAUAGGUGAAGCUGGGCACCUCUCAUGGUUCAUCAGAAAGCUCUUUUCCCUGGGGCUCGAGUUCCGAACUGAUCGAUUUCUAAGAGAUGUGCUUGAAUUGUCCGUUAUAAUGCAAGUCCGCGUCAUGAAAUACAAGGCUCGAAUCCCCGUGCCAUCUGGAAUGACGUUGUACGGCGUCAUGGACGAGACCGCCUAUCUCAAAGAGGGGCAAAUUUUCUGCACAUUUAUGGAUGGCAAGGCAAAGAAGAAUCUGGUUGGAAAGAAUUUGGUCAUCACCAGAUCUCCAGCACUUCACCCCGGCGAUGCUCAAAUUGUGGAAGGAGUCACCCCGCCACCUGGCUCCCCUCUUUUACACCUGUCCAACUGCAUUUGCUUUAGUCAGAAGGGAGAACGUGACCUGCCCAGUAAGUUGAGCGGCGGGGAUUUAGACGGCGACCUUUACAACAUCAUCUGGGAUUCUGCGUGCAAGCCUACUCACACCUGCAUCCCAGCCGACUAUCCGAGACAAGUCCCACAGGACAUCGGUCGUGAGGUUACGCGGGAGGACAUGACCGACUUUUUUAUCAAAUUCAUGGAGACUGAUCAACUCGGCCGGAUUGCGACUUCCCACCAAGUGCUCGCAGAUCAAAGGUCCCAAGGAACAUCAGAUCCCGACUGCAAGAUGCUGGCCGAGCUUCACUCUACCGCCGUAGACUUCUCUAAGACCGGCAUUCCGGUAAAUAUGAAAUUAAUGCCAAAGUUCAUCCCUGUCCGACCAGAUUUCAUGGCCCCAGGACCCGACCACAAAGAUCCUGGGAAAACUUUCCGCGCCAUCGACGAACACGAGAUUUUCGGCGAUCUUCACAGAUACCGAAUGGCCUCCAGCUCUAGAAUAACGCUUCUAGAUAAACUGUGGACUUACGUAAAACAGAAAUGUCGACUCAUCCACUGGCGUCAACAUUUAGUCGAGGCACAGGAGAUUAAAGACAUGUAUGAAGACUGUCUCCUCAACAUCAUGAAAACCUAUAGCGAACAUCCACUCCGCCCGAUGUCUGAGCUCGAAGCUUUUAUCGGCAAUAUUCUCGGCGCGCGAGGAUCUCAAUCAAAAAGGCAACGCGAUCUAUCAGUCCCAAUGAAGGAGGCAUUUGAUCGAGACGUCGCUUUCAUCGUUGACUGCAUCAGAGGGAAUAAUGGGGAGGACGAUGGUGAUUCUGACGAUGAGUAUGAAUAUGAGGCGUUGGAGAGGAGUAUUGCUUGCUUUGAAGUCAGUUUGGGUGAGGCUACGAGGGUAGCACAAGGUGGGAGAAAGAAUGAACCUUUAAUCAGCUUCAGAUACAUUGCUGCUGCUGUGUGCUUGAAGGAGAUGGAAAAGGCCUUUGACUGA